CAGAUUAACUCAUCUAGUAAAAAAAUUAUAAAAAACGAAAAACUGUUACAACUCAAACUAUAGAACUUCGAAACCACCCACAAUCCCGUCUUCAUCCCCAAAUUACCCCAAAAAAUGAAACCCUAAUUUGAUCAAUCAAAUUUUAUAUUUUCAGGCGAAAUCUUACCACUACUCAUCUCCAUCGGAUCGAACUCAGCCUGGUUUUCCAUCUCCUUUUGCCCUACAGCUCUAGGGCUUUUCAUUUUUUUUGGGGGGGGAGAUGGAUGGGAACAAAGAAGACGCUUUGAAAUGCUUAAGAAUUGGGAAAGAAGCCAUGGAAGUUGACGAUCGUAAUCGUGCCCGGAAAUUCUUUACGAAAGCUCAGCGUCUCGAUCCAACUUUAUCUGUUGAUGAUCUCUUAUCGGCGGUUAAGAAGGAUUCCGGUGGCGAACGAUCGCCGUCUGAUGCGGAUGCAUCGUCUAAUGGUCCGUCUGAUUCAACUUCUUCUAAACCGUCCGAUCAACCCUCUCUUCGUCAGAGGGUCCCAUCCACUGGGUCAUCCUCAUCUCCCUCAUCGGCUGCGGCCGCUCAUACACCUGAGCAGAUAGCGAUAGUGAGAGAGAUUAAGAAGAAGAAGGAUUACUAUGAGAUUUUGGGGGUGGAGAAGAGUUGUAGCGUUGAGGAUGUUCGAAAGGCUUAUAGAAAGCUCUCAUUGAAGGUUCAUCCUGAUAAGAACAAGGCACCAGGUGCUGAAGAAGCUUUCAAGUCUGUAUCUAAAGCUUUUCAAUGUCUUAGCAGUGAAGAGAGUAGGAGAAAGUACGACCUUGUUGGAUCUGAUGAGCCCGUUUAUGAGCGACGAACGACAAGACAUGCUGCUCAUGGGUUCAAUGGCUUCUAUGAUGCUGAUGUUGACGCAGAGGAGAUUUUCAGGAACUUUUUCUUUGGUGGAAUGGCUCCGGCGACGCAGUUUCGUGGGUUUAGUUUUGGAACUGGAAUGGGGCAUAGGCAACAACCAGAUCACAAUGGUUCCGGUGGGUUCAAUGUUCGUGCACUGAUUCAGAUUCUGCCAGUUCUGCUUAUUCUUGUUCUGAAUUUUUUGCCAUCUUCUGAGCCAAUCUAUUCUCUCUCUCGAUCUUAUCCUUACGAGUACAAGUUCACUACCGAAAAGGGUGUCAAUUAUUAUGUUAAGUCGACGAAGUUCGAGCAGGAUUAUCCUUUAGACAGCCGGGAACGUGCUUCUUUUGAGCACCAGGUUGAGAGAGACUACUUUGGUAUUCUUGCUCAGAAUUGUCGGCUUGAAAUUCAGCGUCGUCAGUGGGGCUUUAUUCGUGAAACACCGCACUGUGACAUGUUGCAGCGGUUUGAGACACAGGCUAACUGACUUCAAUGAAGAUUGCCUGUUUGGUUAAAGACUGAAAGUUCUUCAGUAUUUCUUUUCCUAUUCUGAAGAGUACACAAGGAAAGCAUAUGGGGGUUCCCAUUAGAGAAGAAAUGUAAUACUAGUGGUCUUUUUUUGUUUCCUUUGUUUCUUUUUCAUUAUCUAAGCUAAGGAACGUAUAGUAGCUAGAUUUGUCAAAACUUGACCGUAUCUUCUGUCUCAUCAUCUAUUCUUGCCUCUUACGUAUGGAACCUCAAUUUUUGUGUAAAAUUAUGAUUUAGCAUUUUAGCUAAUGCGUGCUGCUAUACAUGUAUUCAAUAAUCAUGAUUUCAUUAAGUACUUAAAAAUCUAUAAUGGAGUACAGGUUCUGUUGGCUACAA